GCUGAUCCGUCACUUUUGUCGAUGUCACCCUCUCCAGAAGCCUUCAGUCUGUCGUUGUACAACCAGAGAGUAGGUGACGUGUUUACUGGGUCCUCAGACUUACACAACUGACUACUUGGUCGCAUCUGACAUUCUUCCAGAAAUAUGAUAGCUGGGAUACCGGCUCCUGCUAUGGACGUAAAAGGGCAAUACCGCGACCCGACUCGGUCAUCGCACACUCUACUGUCAUAAUACGACAAAAUGACUACAGUAUAUUCCUCGAAAUACAAUGAAGACGACAAAGCUGAAGCCCUGGACAUUCUGGAGCAGAUUACUGACAAGAAAGUGGAUCGCAAAGUGGUCUUUGAUCGCUACACGCAGAUUAGUCAUCAGUACGAAAAAGCUAUGGUCGUUAUAAACUACAACGGUCCCAGGGAAACAGCUGCAACAGUGGCACAGCUGUUUCCAAGCAACAGAAACAAUGUCUGUAUGUUAGAUGUCGCGGCUGGCACAGGCCUCUGUGCGAUUGAGCUCAACAACUAUAAUUUCCUGGAACUAGAUGCGCUUGAUGCAUCAGAGGGAAUGUUAUUAGAAGCCAAAAAGAAGAAACUCUAUGGCCGCUACAUCAUUGACGUUUUAGGGGAAAACGCACUUGAUAUCAAUGACGGUAAUAUAUAAAAUAGUUCCGUUUUA